CGGCGGCGGGGCGGCGGGGCAGCAUGGAGGGCGAGGUGUCGGACGUGCCCGUGUGUAACCUCGCCUUCGCGGGCCGCCUCGAGGAGCUGCGGGCGCUGCUGCUCCGCGACCGGGCACAGGCCACCCGGGCCGACCAGGAUCACCGCACCGCGCUGCACUGGGCCUGCUCUGCGGGACACACGGAUGUCGCCGACCUCCUCCUCGGGCUCGGCGUGCCUGUGAACGAUAAGGAUGAUGCUGGUUGGAGUCCCUUGCACAUUGCUGCUUCUGCAGGCCGGGAUGAAAUUGUGAAAGCCCUCAUUGCCAAGGGAGCUCAUGUCAAUGCUGUCAAUCAGAACGGCUGCACGCCCCUGCACUAUGCAGCCUCCAAAAAUAAGCAGGAGAUUGCAAUCAUGCUUUUGGAGAACGGGGCAGAUCCAGAUGCAACAGAUCACUUUGAAUCCACCCCGUUACACAGAGCAGCAGCCAAAGGGAACCUAAAAAUGGUACAGAUCCUUGUGCAGCACAAUGCCACUGUGGAUAUGCGGGACUCUGAAGGGAAUACUCCUCUUCAUUUAGCCUGCGAUGAAGAGAGAGUGGAGGAGGCAAAGCUGCUGGUGUCUCAUGGUGCAAGCAUUCACAUUGAGAAUAAAGAAGAGCUGACCCCACUGAAAGUGGCAAAGGGUGGCCUGGGAGCCAUACUUAAAAGGAUGGUGGAGGGCUAGUGGGGGCUUCCCACUUGAGCCUCUUUCCUGUUGCACUUAUAUUUAAGACUGCAAACUUCAUAUUUUGAUAUUUCAACCAGGAUGUUGUGUGUGGGUAUCAGCAUGGUAAUAAAAUGUUUUUAUUGAAGCUGUCCUUCAAGUGCAGUGCCAAAACAACUGUUUGUACUUCCUGUUAAUUGAAUAGUUCACUGAUUUUAAAGUAUUUUUCAAUAUCUUGCAGUUUUCUUUCAGUUUACAGUACGAUCUGUAUAAAUGUGGUCAUUGUAUGUCAGAUCUUAGUUUAGAAUUAUUUCUUUCUAGCAACAGGACCAAAAAUGCUUUAACGAUUUAAAGCCAGUUUCAUUUUGGAAGAUUGUCCUAGAGUCUUUGUUUUUUCCCUUAGCCUUUGUGAUUUGUAUGUGGGAUUGUAUUUAGUUUUUGUGGGUACGAAUUGUCUUUCUUCAGAUGAUUCUAAACUACACCUUAUCUCCCUUUGUAGAAUGCAGUUUGCUCAGUUGCUUGGAUAAAUGUAUCCAUAUUUGUUACUCUUGAUCUAUUCAAGUGAGAUCUGAGUGUUUAAAGCUUUUUUUGUUGUUACUGGUUGUUCUUCUGUUUCUCUGAAUCUUUAAAUACAUGCAUUUGAUGAAGUGCACUGGAUUGCUUGCAGAAUGCAGUAGCAGUUUCAGGGUUACCUCUGCAAAUAUAAUGUUUUAUAAUGGAUGGCUCUGGAUAAUUCUCUGGGAUAUACUUCAAAUUUAAUGUUUUUUCCUCUUGCUCCUUUUCUAGGUUCCUUUUUCUGUUCUCUUUGACUCCCAUAUGCAGCACUGACACUUGCAGUUUACCAUCUUGUUUUAUAACAGAAGCCUGGUUUAAUCUCUAUUUACUCAUAGCAAAUCCUGAUAUUAAGUUAUUAGAAGGCAAAGCUAAUGAGACAGAGUCUGAAAAGUGACCUGUUCUGAUGUUGGUAAGAUCACUUUUGGCACCAGUGGAUAGAUUUCCCCUUGAACAAAUGAUGCUGAUAAAAUUCUGUGAAAUAAAGAACUUUCCUAAACAACA